AGAAUCAGCGGAGUAGUCCAACUGUCCGGCAGUAACUUUAACUUAACCUCACUGAAGCGUUGCCAUACGAAGAGGCAGACGUACCAAAGCAACUGAGCGCCAAGAAAAGGAACUUGAGAUGGUUAUGAAGACGGUUUAUCUUUUCCUGUUGUUGCCCCUACUGUCAUCUGGCCAGGCUGAAAAACAAAGGUUUCCUCAUGGCGAGUCGAACUGCGAGGGAAAGCAACAUUGCCAGAUGGAUCAAGACUCGAGCACUGGCAGAGAUGAGCAAUUUUGUCGCGAGGGACCAAAUGCUCCACCGUGCAGCGGUAGGGGAACGUGCGAGGAAGGAGACUGCGUGUGCCGCCGUCGUGAAAACCCAAAAGAACAAUACACGGGGAGGUUCUGUGAGUGCACGAAUUUUGAUUGCCCAUAUCACAACAAUAGCAUAUGCGGGGGUCACGGCAAAUGCGAGUGCGGACGGUGCAUAUGCGACAACGACUGGAGUGGCGAGGAUUGCGGCUGCUCCAUAGAUACAACUUCAUGCGUGGCGUCCAACGGGCAAUUGUGUGACGGCAGAGGCAUGUGUGAAUGCGGAAGCUGUCGUUGCGAGCCACCGUACGCGGGUUCGACUUGUGAGCAUUGCCCUAUUUGUUUGGGCCCCUGUCUGACUCACGCAGAGUGCGUGGACUGCCGAGCGUUUGGAACAGGACCCAAAAAAGACAGGUGCGAGGCCGAAUGCGACUACCUCAUUUUGACCAAGGUGGCGAGAAAAGAGGAUAUUCAGACACCCUGUAAAAUGAUUAGCCGCGAGGACUCUUGUUUCUUCUACUUCAGCAUCACCCAAAGCCCCGCGGGGACACACUGCACUGUCGCGGCAGUGAAAGAAUGUCCAUAGCGGAAGUGAUACAUCAAGCUAAGGAACUCCCAGCAUUCAUUUGAAUGUUUCUUUUGCAGCAUUUACACUGUAAUAUGUGCGUCUCUA